AAAUUUGUUAAUAUAUAAGACUUUAUGUAACUAGUACUUGAAUUAUUUUUUUUUUUUUGAAUCAGUAACUAGUACUUGAAUUGAACUUAGGGAUCAUCUUUAAUUUUUAUGCUAAGGAAAAAUUUUGGUACUUUGUUCACAAAUAAGUUAAACAUACAUAUACAUAAGUGGGGGCAAAACCUUCAUUAAAUCCAAUGCAUAUAACUUGGAAUAAUGAAAUAAUACAGAUUUUGAUGCAAAUAAUACUGCCAAAUUUUUUAAAGGAAUAUUUGUAAUAUUCUAAGAAAGAGACUUUAAGAUGAAUGAAGUUAAAAUAAAAAAGACAAAAUUGUGCUCUAUUGUUGGAAUUAAAUAUUGAUUAACAUUAAAAAAAGACCAUUGAUUAACUAGCCCAAAAAAAUCAUUGAAUAGAAAACUCAAUAGUUAUCAUCUACACUAAUUGAUAUUUAUUUGUAUUUGCAAGUAAUUUUGGUGAUUCAAAACUCAAUGGAAAAAAAUGAAGAAAAAGAAGUGAAGUUGCUUGGAUUUUGGCCAAGCCCAUAUAGUGUAAGAGUGAUUUGGGCACUAAAACUAAAGGGAGUCAAAUAUGAAUACAUAGAAGAAGAUAUUCCAAACAAGAGCCAAUUGCUUCUUCAAUACAACCCAAUUCACAAGAAAGUUCCUGUGCUUGUUCAUGGUGACAAACCCAUUUCUGAGUCUCUUGUCAUUCUUGAGUACAUUGAAGAAACUUGGCCCCAAAAGCCUCUCUUGCCUAAAGACCCUUACGAAAGAGCUUUGGCUAGAUUUUGGGUAAAAUUUAUAGAUGAUAAGCGCCUCGCUUUCGGUUCAUUCUUCACAAGCACUCGCGGUGAAGAAAAUGGAGAAAAUGCAGCAAAAGAAGUAGUGGAAGUUCUUAAAACUUUGGAAGAGCAAUUAAGCCUUGGAAAUACUAAGUUCUUUGGGGGAGAGACUAUAAACAUGGUGGACAUAGCAAAUGGAUGGUUGGCUCAUUGGUUUGAAUGUGUGGAGCAACUUGUGGGACUCAAAUUGUUGGACCCCAAAAAUCUGCCUAGGCUCCAUACAUGGGUUCAAAAUUUCAAGCAACUUCCCAUCAUUAAGGACACCCUUCCUCAUUGCAACAAGCUCCUAACCCAUAUGAAAUCAAGGAGGGAAGAGUACUUAAUCUCAAAAUAAAAGGAUUGAUGGUGUUCUCAAAAUUCCCAACUAGGGUAUCUUUGGAAAUAUCCUUUGCAUAUUUUAGUUUUUGAUCAUUGUGUUUGUGUGUAUGUUGUCUUAUUUAGUUUCAUCUUUUGGACCCCAUGUAAGCGUUUGAGAUUAAGAAGAAAAAAUUACAUAAAUUAUUGUUUUUGGUAAAAUUUUUACAUUUAUGCUCUUCAAAGUGUAUUUUUUUUUGGGUAAAUACCAUUUUGGACCCUAUAUUUUACAAAAGUUACAGAUUAGACCAUGUGUUUUGUUAAAUGACAAAAUGAAACCAGUAUUUUCCAAAAUGGUAAAAAUAGGAUCCUAAGCUUAAUUUUUGACUUUUUUUUUUAAUAUAACCAACUUGAAGACAAUUCUUAAUACAAACAAAUACAGAAUAUGUAAACAGUUUUGUCAUACCGCUUUUAGAUCGGAUUAUAAUUAAAUUUUAUUUUGAUAAAAAAAUCAAUUCAGGUCCUAUUUAUACCACUUUAGAAAAUACAACGUUCAUUUUGUCAUUUAACAAAACAGAGAGAGUCCAAUUAGUAACUUUUACAAAAUAUAAGGUCCAAAAUGGUAUUUACUUUUUUUUUUUAUAUAUAUUUUUACAGUAUUCUAUAAAAAUACAAAAAAACCACAUGAAAAUAAUAAGAAAAUAACAUAAAAAAUAAUAUACAAGUAACAAAAAAUCAACAGCAAAAUAACAAGAGU